AUGAUGCAUCAGUGUUUUAAACAGGGAUGUGAGCUCGAAGUUCAGUAUAUAUGCCUAUGUUUGGCCUCUGAAACUUACUCCUGUGAACUCCAUCUCGGAGCACAUCUAAAGUUGCCAAGCAGAGCCCAUUCCUUUGAUUCUAUUCUCGUAGAACCUCGAGAAGGAACAAAAGAUGCAGUUCUUAGGUUUCUUGCAAAAGAAAAAUCAAAAAAAGAGAAAUUGAAGAAGAUGAUCUCUCCUUCCUUUGCGCGGAAUAUUUACGACUCCAUAAAUAGCGUUAGAGAAACCUUAAAGAAGCUGGAUUCUGACAUAUCAGAAAUAAAUAGUAUAACUAAAAAAGUUGCUCAAGCUUCAAAGCAAGAGCUAAUUAUGCAUGAGGACUCAGAGUCAUAUACCAGCAUUGUAGGAUUUUGCAGACUAAGCGAGUUAAGAACUAGAAAAACUGCAAUUUUGAGCACAAUUAAUAACCCAGAAUUAGAACAAGAUUUUAGAAAGGCGUGUUCGCUAAGCGAAAACUAUAUUUCUGACCCAUUAAUUAGUCAAGCUUAUCAAGAGUGUGUCAAUGCUUAUCAUCAGAGUACUUCUCUUUACCUUAUUGGAGAAGUUGAUAAAAGAACUAGCUUGUUCGUCUAUGACACUGAAGGAGAAAUUGAGCACGAAAAAGUUUUGGAUUUUCCAUGAAAAUUAAAGAAAUGCACGUCGUCUGUUGCUCAGCUUCCGAAUGGUGAGUUAUUCUGCACUUGCGAAAUAGAUUCAUCUCCUUUCAAUGUCUUUAUAAUUGAUAAAAAUUAUGGAGUUAGGGUGUUGCCUACUCAGACUAAGCUAGCAUUCUCAUUAGCUAUCUAUUUUGAUAGGAGUGUCUAUUGCUUUGGACCAAAGGUUCAUUGAGAACAAAAAGGAAUGCCGAGUAGAUUCGAUUUGGAUGGAAAUAGAUGAUGCAAAUUAGCUGAUUGGGGAGCCGGAUCCUUUAGACUUGGCACAGUGUUUAACAGGAAAAUAGUGAUUUCUGGAUUUCAAGAAAGUUAUCUUUGCUCAUAUUCGAUUGAUAUUGAUGCAUUUUCAUGGAUUCCUUAUGACUUUAUAGAGAAAAAUUCUAAUAAGAUCUUGAUAAAUGCAAAUGAGAGAUUAUAUUUGAUUUCAAGCUGCAAUGGGUCAGUCUAUGAAAGCGAAGUCGGAAAUGAGUAUGCUUGGCAAAAAAUAGGACAAUCAAUAAUCAAAAAUGAUUUCUAUCAAGUUUAUUUCUCAUAUAAUAAAGAAGGAGUAUAUAUAUCGUGUAUUAGCGAGUCUAUUAGAAAAUAUUAUAAAUUUGACCUCAUUUCGAAAGUUCUUAGUGAGAUUGCUUACUAUGAUAGACAUGUAGCUCUUAGAAAAGUAAGUGAUAGGAUCGAGGCAAUAGAGCGUCAUAAUCACAGCUUUAGUCUUAUUCCUGAGUAUGCUGCAGCUCUCAUUAAUGAUAAGCAUACACUUUUCUAUUUGGGAGCACAGCUAGGAAAAAUAGAAUUCUACAAUGAAACAAUCAAAAUCAAUCCUAAUUAUCCUGGCUGUUACAGCGAGAAAGGGAGAGUUCUUUAUGAGCUAAAACUGUAUUCCGAAGCAAUAGAAUGCUUUAAUAAAGCAAUUAUUCUUUCCCCUUCCUAUUAUGAUGCUCACUUAAAUAAAGGGUAUGCUCUGGCAGGUUUAAAUAGACAUCUUGAAGCGAUAGAGUGUUUUGACAAAGUAAUUAAUAUAAAACCUCGAAAUACUAACGCCUACUGAAAUAAAGGAAUUGCUCUAUCUAAACUAGAAAGACAUCUUGAAGCAAUAGGGUGUUAUGACGAAUGAAUCAAGAUCCACCCUAGUAGUAUAGCUUACAGUGACAAAGGACUUGCUCUUAAUACUUUAGGAAGAAAUCUUGAAGCAAUUGAGUGCUAUAACGAAGCAAUCAGACUAAAACCUGAUAAUUGCAUGACUUACUUUUAUAAAUCAGCAGCCUUAGAAGCUUUAGAGAGAUAUCUUGAAGCAAUUGAGUGCUAUAAUAAAUUUAUAGAACUUAGGCCUGAUGCUGCUAGUGGUUACAACAAUAAAGGUCAUGCUCUAUACAACUUGGGAAGGAGCGAGGAAGCUAUAGAAUGCUAUAAUGAAGCGAUCAAGCUCGACCAUAACUCAGCUAAAUAUUAUACUAAUAAAGGUUUUGCUCUAAGAAAACUAAAAAGAUAUCUUGAAGAGAUAGAGUGCUAUAACGAAGUAAUUAAAAUGCUUCCAAAUCCCUCUGGCUAUUAUAGGUUGAAAGGAAUUGCCUUAAAAAAUUUAAGCAGGGAUCUUGAAGCAAUAGAAUGCUUUAGCGAAGCAAUUAAACUUGACCCUACUGAUGAUGAAGCCUAUCAGGACAAAGGCAAUGCUCUGGAUGAGUUAGGAAGGACUCUUGAAGCAAUUGAAUGCUACAGCGAAGCAAUUAGACUCAAUCCUAGCUCAGCUGAGUCUUAUUUUGAUAAAGGCUAUGAUCUUAUUACUUUAGAAAGAUAUAUUGAGGCAGUUGAAUGCUAUACUGAAGCAAUCAAGCUUAAACCUGAUGAUGCUUUAGCUUACAGUAAUAAAGGCGCUGCUCUGAGUGGGUUGGGAAGAAACCUUGAGGCAAUUGAAUGCUAUAAUGAAGCAAUUAAGCUAAGUCCUAGCACAGCUAAUUUUUACUUUGGUAAAGGAAUUGCUCUUAAUGCUUUAGGAAGAUUUCUUGAAGCGGUAGAAUGCUAUUACGAAACCUUAAAACUUGAUCCUAACAAUGCUCAAGCUCAUUUAAAUAAAGGAUACGCCCUUUAUAAUUUAGGCUUAAUGUCUGAAGCAAUUAAAUGCUAUGAUGAGGCAAUGAGACUCCACCCUGAUUUACCUGCUGCUUUUUGUUAUAAAGGACGCGCCCUUUAUAGUUUAGGCAGAAUGCUCGAAGCAAUUGAGCACUUUAAUGAAGCAAUCAAGCUUAGUCCUGAUGAAUUUCUCUAUCUCUGCUGUCGCGCUCAACUACUCAAUGAUCUAGAGCGAGAGACAGAAGCACAGCAGGAUUUAAAUAGAGCAUAUAACUUACUACAAAGCGUGCAAGAGAGUAAAAUUACUAAAAGUCCACAGGAAGGAAAUUAUAAUUUUAAUAAUGAAAUAUCAGACAAAGAUCGCCUUAAAUUGCUGCAGACACUUUCUAAAUUACAGGAGAGUGUUAUUGAAUUUAAAGAGGAGCUCGAGAAAUUUAAAAAAAGUCUUCCAGAAAAUCCAGAAAAACUUAGAGAGGCAGAGAAGAAAGGGGGAAAAGCUAAAAAGCAGCAUUCACAAAUUCUUAAAAAAGCACUUGACUGCCUAGACUUGAAAAAGUUACAGCCAAUCAGCACACUGCAGCAAAUAGAAAGAGAGGCUAUCGAGCAUCAAAAAAAGAUAAUUGAUAUAAUUGCCCAGCUUUGGCUAUCACUUUCCACCAAGUAG